GGGGCGCGGCCAGGAGCUACAGGAGGGGCGAGACCUGGAGUAGUAGCAGAGGCGGGGUCCAGAAGUGUAGUAGUAGAUGCAGGGCUGAGUUCGGGAGCAGAGGCGGAGCCAGGAACAAAAGCAAGGGUGGAGCCUGGAGCAAGAGCGGGAGAGGAGCCAGGAGCAAAAGUAGGAGUGGAGCGUCUGAGCAGAGGCGGGGCCGGGAGCAGGGACGGGACGAAGCACCGGAGCGAGGCGGGAUCUCAGAAGGCGCCUACCAAGAACAGUCUUGCCGGCUGGUGACCUCCGCAUUCUCCAGGUUGAAGCCACGUUAUCCACUGCCCCGAGAUGUCCCCUGCUGGCCCUGAGUGGCCGAGGCUCCGAGUCCUGCAGGCGCUGUGGGCACUGCUGGUGGUGCUGUUGGCACCGUGGAGGUUGUGGGCGAUAAAGAAUACCCAGGAGUGCACCUGGCAAGUUGUCCUGAACAACUUUGAGACAGUAGGCAAGAAGGACGCGAGCGAUCGUUUCGUCGAUCAAGAGCCCUUGUACACAGUGGACAAAGUGUUCAGCCUGCUAGUGGACGCGCCCAUCGACCCGGACGAGACAUACCUGGGCUUUCCUUACUACCUGAAGAUCAACUACUCCUGCAAGGGAGAGUCCUCUGAGGCCCUGGUCCGCAAGGGCCACCUGACGGGGCUGAAGCCGGUGGUGCUGGUCACCUUCCAAUCUCCAGUCAACUUCCAUCGCUGGAAGAUAGAGCAGCUGCAGAUCCAGAUGGAGGCAGCCCCCUUCCGCAGCAGAGAGAGGUGUAAUGCAGAGGAGGUGUGUCUCAUGAGCUGGUACACACCCAUGCCCAUCAAGAACGGCAGCGUGGUCAUGCGCGUGGACGUUAGCAGCAACGGCCUGGGGCCCUUCAUUCCCAAUAAAAGGUUUCAGGUGAAUAUCAACGGCUUCCUGGAGAGACAGCGAGACACCACACUCCAAUUCACGGUGGGAAAUGAGCUCUUCAAUCUGAUACCCCGGUACUUUGUGAAUGUCCCGUCGAGGCCCCUGUGGUACACUGUGGACCAGACACCUGUGUUCAUCCUGGGCGGCAUCCCUGAGGAGAAGGCCAUCCUGCUGACUGACACAAACUUCAAGGACUUCUUUCUCGUGGAGUUGAGCAUUGACAGUUGCUGGGUAGGCUCCUUCUACUGCCCCCAGACCAGCUUCACUGCUACCAUCUUCGAUGCCAUCGCCACCGAGAGCACCCUCUUCAUUCGGCAGAACCAGCUCGUCUACUAUUUCACGGGCACCUAUACCACACUCCACGAAAGCAACCGUGGCAGCGAGAGAUGGGUUCGUGUCCUGGCUAACGAGUGCAUCAAGAAGUUGUGCCCUGUGCAUUUCCAUAGCAAUGGCUCCGAGUAUGUCAUGGCCCUCACCACUGGCAAGCACGAAGGUUACGUCCACUUUGGGACCAUCACAGAUGGCCGCGUGUCCUUCGAGUUGCUGCCCAGGCAGCGGUCCGUGUGCAAUGGGAUACUAGUUGUCAACUGCUCCAUAACCUGGGCCGUAUUCAUUGCUGGUGACUACAAUCUACUGCUGCUGGUGGAGAUCGAAGACCCCUCCACCAGGAAGUAUUUCCAGGUGGUCAGCUAUGACCUGGUCAGUGAUUACCUGGUUGUCCUCUACACCAUCCCGGAAUUCAUCCCUGACGCUCGAGGCCUGGAGUUCCUGAUGAUCCUAGGGACAGAGUCUUACACCAACUUCCCGAUGGUACCCAAGGGCAUGUCCUACAACCCAUAUAACAACCUGCUGUUCAUCUGGGGCAACUUCCUCCUGCAGGGCUAUAACAGUGAAAACUUCAUCUACCUGGCGGACUUCCCCAAAGAGCUGUCCAUCAAGUACCUGGUCAACUCGUUCUAUGGGGACACGGCUAUUGUCACAGAGACUGAGGAGAUCUGGUACCUCCUGGAGGGUAGCUACCAGGUGUACAAGCUGUUCCCGUCCAAGGGCUGGGAGGUGCAUGUCAGCCUACAGAUGAUGCAGCAGUCCUCUCUCUACGCCCCCAAUGAGACCAUGGUCACCCUCUUCUACGAAGACAACAAACUGUACCAGCUGGUGUACCUUAUAGACAACCAGCAGGGCAGGCUCGUCAAGAGACUUGUGCCUGUGGAGCAGCUUCUGAUGUACCAGCAGAUCAGCAACGACUACCUCUUGGAACGGCAAGGGAGCCACCUGACGCUCUCCUUCACCAACUUCUGCCCCUUCACGGUGAUGCGUCUGCGGGACCUGCCCAACCCGCAGAUCUACACGCGCCAGGAGCGCUACCGGGCGCAGCCGCCGCGUGUCUUGGAGCCCUGGGGCUUCCACAGCGAAAACUCGCUCGCUGUCUAUCAGGGCCUCGUCUACUACCUGCUUUGGCUGCACUCGAAGUAUGACAAGCCAUAUGCGGACCCGGUGCACGACCCCACCUGGCGCUGGUGGAAGAACAAGAAGCAGGACCAGGAUUACUACUUCUACCUGGCCAGCAACUGGCGGAGCGCGGGCAGUGUGCACGUUGACAUGGCCAGCUACGAAAAGAUCUACGACCUUAAGGCUGAGAACGAGCUGCCCGAGCGCAUCUUCCUGGACAAGGGCACCAGCUACCGCUUCUCGGUCUUCCUGACCGCCCGGGAGCCGGAGCCCGUGCACGGCGCCUCCUUCCAGGUGCAGAGCCAGGUGGGCCUGGCUGUGGUGCUGGCCGACCCGGGCUGCAUCGAGGCUGUGGUGAAGGAGAAGGUCCUUGUUAAUCGCAACUCGGUGCUUUUCUGGGUUACGCUCAGUGAUAAAAGGUUUUGCUUUGAUCAGGGCAUUAGUGGACAUCACCUCAUGAAAACCUCCAUGCUUGUCAAGGUGGUGGGCUCGUCCGGGCACUGCUUCCAGAACACGCACCAGGGGCCCCGCAUGGCAACCUGGUGGUGCCAGUGCUUAUCGGCUGCCCCCCAGGCAAGCGCCUUGCCUUUGACAUCACCUACACGCUGGAGUACAACCGCCUGCAGAACAAACGCUACUUUGACUGCGUGCACGUCGACCCCGAGAUGCCCUGUUUCCUCUUCCGCGACGGUGCGUGUCCAGCCCCUCCUCUCAAUGUUCAGUGUCCUCUGCCCCCACUACUUUGCCCUCCCUGGCCUUUCCUCCCUGCCCGCUCACGGCCCCAGCACCCUCUGCUCUUGCCCUUGGACCACUCGUCUCUCCUUCUUCCCCUCUCCAUCCUCCACUUCCGAGCUAAUUUCUCCUCCCCGCCUCAACUCCUCCGACCCCACAGUCUUCUACCCGUUCUUCUUGAUCCAAGAUUUGGUGACGGGAGAUUCUGGCAGUUUUCAGGGCAGGACUGACAGCCUCAUCUGGACCACAAGAAACACAACGACCACCGAGGACUCAGCCUUCAACAUUCUGUCCCACAACAGUUUAGGCAUUGAGUGGCUCUGUCUGGAGAACUCCCCAUGCCAUGACACCAUUCCGCACAGCAUCUUUGCCUCCGAGUUCUUCUUCAAGGUGUUGGUGAGCAAUAGAGGUGUGGACAAGAGCACAUACUGCGACUACCAGCUCACCUUCCUGCUGCACAUCCAUGGGCUCCCACUCAGUGCCAGGCGGGCCUUCCUCAUCCUCAUGGUGUCAGCCAGCCUGUUUGUUGGUCUGGUGAUCCUCUACAUCAUCUCCUGCCUCCUGUCGCCCUACGUGGUGAAGGUCUGCAACGUCCUCUGCUGGAAGAUCAACAACAUCAUUGCCUGGGAAUCUUACACCUACAGUACCGCCUCCGACACCAGGGCCUUCAGCAACACCUCUGGGACCAAAUCUGGGGAGAGCUCUGGGGGCAUCUCCAGAGUUUUCUCCAAGGUGGCAGAGGAGAACAAGACUGACACUAAGGAAACCUUGAGGAAGAAGUCAAUAUCCUGAGCCUCUUACCUGCCCCAACUGCCACCCACCCUCAUCCCUCGUUUCCUGGGCCAUUUUGAACACGCAACCUGUCGCUCGCUCAUCCCAGGCCUUUCUCCCUGUUUCGCUUGAAUUUUCACUUCGCAUUUCAGCACCAGCUGUGGAACCUUGUAAGGACUCAUGUUCAAUUAGUUUGUACCACUCAGCCACAUAAGUUAUUAAAAUAUCAAAAUCCUUCUGUGCCAAGCUGGUAAAUAGUGGCUUCCCUGUG